ACCUAAUGAUGGUGGGAAAGUCACAGGUAGUGUCUUCACGUUGGUUUAGAAGCCUGGACUAUUUUUACAGGGGUCAGUGCUGAAAAGUGUCUAAAUCUGGAUUGUAGCAUCGCUGAUGAGAAAUACAUGUUUUAUGGAGAUGAGGACAACCCCGACAAGGCGCCAGCUAUGUGGUGUGGUGGAGUGCGCUGUGUCCGUAUGCGGUGUUUCACCAGAACGAUGGCCAGAGCCUCUGAUCUCCAACACAUGGGAACUAGGAGACAUCCAACCUUUCUCCGGAUAUUCCUGCUGGUCCUUCUUCUCCAUGUAGCCAGAGGAGAUGCUCCAUCAGCUAUAGCCACAACACCUGCAGCUCCAUCAGUUAUAACCACAACACCUGCAGCUCCAUCAGUUAUAACCACAACACCUGCAGCUCCAUCAGCUAUAGCCACAACACCUGCAGCUCCAUCAGCUAUAACCACAACACCUGCAGCUCCAUCAGCUAUAGCCACAACACCUGCAGCUCCAUCAGCUAUAGCCACAACACCUGCAGCUCCAUCAGCUAUAACCACAACACCUGCAGCUCCAUCAGCUAUAGCCACAACACCUGCAGCUCCAUCAGCUAUAACCACAACACCUGCAGCUCCAUCAGCCAUCCUGUCCACAGCCACAUUACCCACUACAGACAUUUCUUCAUCUAACACUCCAAACACGUCAACAAUCUCGGUGCCCAUGUCUAAUGCAUCCUCGACCCCACCCCCCACAUCCCUCACAAUCCCUCACCCAUCACCACUGCACACUGCCUCAUCCAACAUGACUAAUGAACCAAUGACAUCAACCAUGCCAUCUCCAUCCACUAUUCUGCACUCGACUUCGCCCAUCAUAACGUCCACUACCAACAUGACCUCUAAAAAUGCCACAUCUCCAGGACCCUCCACUCCUUUGCCAAUAACAGUCACCUCUAAUGCCACUACAGAGUCAGCAGAGGUGCAUUGUAACUUCUCACAGCUCUGUGCCAAUCAGUCUGUGUACUACUGGAUGGUCCUUGCGGUGGAUGUGACUGGAGAUCUGAAGAAUGAAUCAGACAUCAGUAGCUGGUUCAGAGCUCUAUUUCAUUCUCUCUUGGACUCCUGUGAGCCCUACAACCCUGAACAAGCAAAUGGCACAAAUUCGACUGACACACUGCAAACCACCUCUGUCAGUCCAACAUAUCCCACCCCCUACAACAUGACAACAUGGUUAUACAACUUCACCACGACAACACUAUCCCAGAACUUCACCAACUUCACCACGACAACACCAUCCCAGAACUUCACCAACUUCACCACGACAACACUAUCCCAGAACUUCACCAACUUCACCACGACACCACUAUCCCAGAACUUCACCAACUUCAACAUGACAACACGAUCCCAGGACUUCACAAACUUCAACAUGACAACACGAUCCCAGGACUUCACCAGCUUCAACAUGACAACACUAUCCCAGAACUUCACCAACUUCACCACGACAACACUAUCCCAGAACUUUACCAACUUCAACAUGACAACCUUGACAACUAACAUGACAACUAUGCUUUACAAUAGUACUCCCCCACACAACCGUAGCAUGACAACUCUGUCUCCCAGCUGGCCCCAUAGCACCACAAGUGAGGAGCUUGAAGGUGGAAAUAUGACUGCUGUCAGCCUGUUUCAAGACAUUGAGGUGACGUGUGUCAAUAAAACAGGGAUCAGGAGGACUAACUGCACUGUGCUGCUGAGGACAAGGAAGCCAACGUUUCCCUGUUGUUUCCAGCGAGCCCUGUGGCUGGGUCAGGAGAACAGCUCCAUACAAACCCAUAUAGUGGGAAAUAGAGUGGAGAGAGUGGGUAAGGGUCUGUGUGCAGGCCAAUUGCCUCCAAGUAAUGGUUUUGCAAAGUGCACCGGCUUCCUGAAUGGCACUCUCCCUCUUCCAAACACGUGUCACACUCCCGGGCCUGUCAAUAUCUCAUGUGGACAUGCAGGGACUGUUUACGUACCACUUGGAAAUCAAACCCAAAUGGACUGUGGUAUGCCCCCUAAACCUCCCAUCGAUGCGGAGAUUGUCUGCAACUGCUCCUCUUACUGCUAUGGUACAGCUGCAUACUAUACCUUGGGCAUACAGAUCAAAGAUCCCGCUAUGAAUAUUUCAACAAUCUUCUAUAUGAUUGAUCAGCUAAAAACUCCUCCACCCUGCAGCAACACUUCAGAGACACAUCCUCCCUGUCCCUUGCCCAUCAUAUCAACUAUCUACCAGGAUGCUCAUGUGGAAUGCGAUGGCGCAAAUACCAAUCUCCAAAGCUGCAGGGUUAUCGUGCGCCUCAACCAUUCGGUGCCUAUAUGUGCAGUCAGUACUGCAUUGAUGACUGUGUUCAAUGAUGAGCAUGGUAUUGGCUAUAAUGGAACGGUGACCCGAGCAGCCAUUUGUAGCUGCCCAGGAUCCAGUGGCGGUCUAUUGAAUUCAACCUUCACUUGGGAGAGUAUCAACCUCAACUCCACUUUGUUCUGUGAGGCUGAAAAGACCACUGUCAUUGUCAGCUGCAAAGAAGGGAAAAAUGUGUGUGUGCUCCUGAAUGAAAUGUGCGACCCCAUGCCUCCUUCUACAUCACCCAGCCCAAUGGCCAACACCACUUUACCUGCAACAACAAUACUGCCUCCUCCACCCAAUGUCACUAUACACCUAAACACCCCCUAUAUCCCAUUGAACACAACAUUAGCUCCACUAAACACCACUUCUAAAGCUCCAAAUACUACACCAUCAGCUCCAAAUACAACCAUCGCCACGACAACCCGGGGUAAUACCACUACAAACUCAUCAACACCCAUCAUUCCACCAGUGAAUCCUACAACAACUUCCCCAAAGUACACCACGACAGCUGUUACAACAACCACCGCAGCGCCCAACAUCACAGCAGCUAGUAGUGAAGAGCAGGCCAAUCAGCUGCUGGAUCUGACUAGUAACGUGUCUAAGCUCAACUCCUCCCAGGUGGACAAGCUGGUGUCCCAGCUAGAGGCCUUGCUGGCCGGACCCAAUGUCAGCCUGGAUCUGGGGAAAACCUCUGUCAAAAUCGUUAGCAACCUGCUGGGUGCCUCCUCUGACACCCUGGCCUCCUCCUCCACCAAGAUCAUUGGGAUUGUUGAUACGGUGGGCCUGAAGCUGGUCGUUCAGCAAGAGGCUACGAUUUUAACCAAGUCGGUUGCUGUCGCUAUCAAAACAGUGGACGGCACUAAUUUCCAGCAAACAUCUUUCUCCAUCCCGGACCCCAACAAUGUGCAGAUCCGUGGAGAUGGCAGAGCCAGGAGAAGUGUGAGAACAGAGGCGUCCUCCUUUCCUCAGGGCUCCGUCACGUUCCCCUCCUCCCUCACAGCGAACCUCUCCCAUGAGCAGCAGCUACAAGCCUCCAGACUCCAGUUCAACUUCUACCAGAAGGCCACUGUGUUCCAGGACCGAGCCCUGGGAGACAGCAGGCUGUACAGUGGGAUCCUGGGAGCCAGUAUGGCCAACCUGUCAAUCAAAUCUCUGCAGAAGGACGUGGUGAUCACCCUGAGAAACACUGAGCCCGUCCCAGCAAAUGCCGUGGUUUCAUGUGUUUUCUGGGACUUUGGCUUGAAUGAUGGCUCAGGAGGCUGGAACCGAAAAGGCUGCUCUGUCAGGAACAGCACAGAAAACGAGACUGUCUGUGCCUGUAACCAUCUCACCAGCUUCGGUGUGCUACUGGACAUCUCCAGAACGGGCAUAACCAAUCAUCUCCAGGCCACAAUCCUCACCUACAUCACCUACAUCGGCUGUGGUAUCUCCGCCAUCUUCCUCUCCGUCACUCUGCUCACCUACCUGGCCUUUGGGAAACUGCGUAAGGACAUCCCAUCUAAGAUCCUGAUCCAGCUGUGUGUGGCUCUGUUGUUUUUAAACCUGGUGUUCCUGGUGGAUGCCUGGCUGGCCCUCUACCCUGACGCUGUGGGCCUGUGCAUUUCCACCGCCUGGUUUCUGCACUACUUCCUGCUGGCUUCCUUCACCUGGAUGGGCCUGGAGGCCGUCCACAUGUACCUGGCCCUCGUCAAGGUCUUCAACACAUACAUAAAACGCUACAUGCUCAAGUUCUCUCUCGUCGGCUGGGGCGUCCCACUCCUUGUGGUCAUCGUCGUUAUUGCUGUUGAUAAGAACAACUACGGCCUCGUUGGCUACGGAAAGUAUUCAGAUAACUCCCCUACAGAUGACUUCUGCUGGCUGAAGAGCAACAUUGCCUUCUACGUAUCUGUGGUGGCCUACUUCUGUGUCAUCUUCCUGUUGAACCUCAGCAUGUUUGUGAUGGUGAUGGUUCAGCUGUGUCGGAUAAAGAGUCAGAACCCCCACAACAUGAGGCACCGUAACGGGCUGCAGGACCUGCGCAGUGUGGUUGGGAUCACCCUACUCCUGGGUCUCACCUGGGGCUUUGCCUUCUUCGCCUGGGGGCCUGUCAACCUGGCCUUCAUGUACCUCUUCGCCAUCUUCAACUCCUUUCAAGGGUUCUUUAUCUUUUUGUUCCACUGCGCUGUGAAGGAGAACGUGAGGAGGCAGUGGAGGACUUACCUCUGCUGUGGUAGACUGAGACUGGCAGAGAACUCAGACUGGAGCCGCACGGCAACACAGAAGACAGAGAAGAAGUCAUUGUCAGUGACCAGAGCCAUGUCCUUCCGCUCCGGCAACUCCUCCCCGUUCAACCAUACCUCCAGCUCCUCCUUCUUGACCGGUGACUCCCCAGAGCGGCCCAGUGGAGCAACAGGAAGUCUAUUUGAUGACAGAACCAUCACAGCCCUCGAGGAGCUCAACUCAGACGUGGUCAUCAAUGAGGUGAACAGCCAAUUCAGGACUCAGAGUCAGAGAGCAGCCUAAGUCCUGUAAAACACUAGGCCAAGUGUAGGCUGGUAGGGGAGUGGACUUAUGUGAGACAGUGUGUUUCAUAGUAUUUUCUACGUUUAUAUGACAUAUUUGAAUGUUAAUGCUGCAUUUAGUAGUUUAAUGGAAAUGUGUGACAAACCACACUGAAGAGAUGGGACAUCACUGAAGAUCCAGCAUGCUCAUGGAUUUCGUCCAGUUGCCCUACCAAUACUAUCAUGAACUCAUCUGGGCUGGCACCUAUGAUUGUGAAUAUCAAUACAUGUCUUGUACUGAAAAGGUAUCUACAGUAGCAGGGAGGAAAAACCCAACUCUUACUGUAGAUCCUCACGAGCGGCAUCCUAUGACAGCAUACUACAGGUUUUAUUGUUUUUCUCAGCAUUCUUCAGAGGGGUGCGCUGACACAUACUAACACUGUCACUUCCUGGUUUGAUUUAAUUUAAGAUAAAGGCCAAGCUCUUUUAUACUGUACUCAGAAUCAAGAUAUUUCCAUGAGAUAUAUUAUGUAUAUAUAUUUUAAAGAGGCAUCAUAACAAUGGGUGUAUAAUGAAACGUUAUUUCACCAAUAACAAUUGUAUAAAUAAAAUGAAAUGUUUUAUUUUAAGCUAA